AAGAGAUGAGCGAUGCGAAGUCCCGCUUCGCCGCCUCUGCCGCCGCGGCUCUGGUCGCGGAGACCUCGACACUGCCGACGGACGUCGCGAAGACGCGCCUGCAGGUGCAGAGCACCACCGCGGGCAGCGGUCCGCGGUACACCGGCUUCGUGGAUUGCCUGCGCCGGACGGCCGCCGAGGAGGGCCCCCUGGCUCUCUGGAAGGGGCUCGUCCCCGCCCUGAUCCGGCAGGUCUGCUACACCUCGAUGUCGCUGGUGAUAUACGAGCCGAUCCGGGACCUCUACCGGAACGCUCUGCAGGGCGGCAGCGAGUGCGCCCCGUCCUACUCCGUGCGGCUGGCGGCUGGCGGCACUGCGGGCGCAUGCGCGAUCACGAUCUUCAACCCCACCGAGGUCUUGAAGACCCAGAUGCAGGCCAGCAGCGGCGGCCCGGUGCGCAUGGGCGACGUGGUCGCCCGGGUCUGGCAGCGGGAUGGGCUCUUGGGCUUCUGGGCCGGCGUGCGCCCGAACGUGGCGCGCACGUUCCUGGUGAACGCGGCGGAGCUGGGCACGUACGACGAGGCGAAGGCGCAGCUGCGGCCCCUGCUGGGCGACGGCGUGCUGUCGCACGUGGGGGCCUCCGGGGCCGCCGGCUUCACCUCGGCCUGCGUGUCGACCCCGGCCGACGUGGUGAAGACCCGGCUCAUGAACGCGGCCGGCGGGGAGCAGCAGUACCGGGGCAUGCUCCACGCGGGCUACCGGAUACUCCUCGACGAGGGCCCGACGGCACUGUACAAGGGCUUCCUGCCCAUCUGCACGCGCAAGCUCGUCUGGUGCGGGGUGUUCUUCGUGACCUACGAGAAGCUGCUGGCGGCACUGAAGUGAUCGGCGUCAGCGUGGCAGCGCCCAGGGUACUCGGCACGCGCCCUGGCGCGUGGCUCUCUCCUUCUCCCUCGUUCUCUCUCUCUCUCUCUCUUUCUUUUUCUCUACGCUUCCAGUCCACAGUCCAGCUCCUUAGAGCCAAUCGGCUUGAGUUUACGACUGAUCCCUGUGGCCGUGCAAGUAGG